AUGGUCCUACCAGAAGUAGUGGGUUUUCGUCUCACUGGAAAGCUUCCGCCGGGUGCGACUGCAACUGACUUGGUGCUCACUUGCACUAAUAUGCUGAGGAAACGAGGUGUUGUGGGGAAAUUUGUGGAAUUUUUCGGUCCGGGCUGCGCGAAUCUAUCACUAGCCGAUCGCGCUACAAUAGCUAAUAUGGCUCCUGAGUACGGGGGGACUAUGGGGUUUUUCGGG